AUCCAACAGUCUGAUCGGAGUGAUUUCUCGGAGCAUCCAACGGUCCUGGGAAUCUCCGUCGUGAUGGCGGCGGAGGCCAGUCUUCCUUCAUGCGGGAGGGCCGACAUUGCGGCCAUCUCCGCCAUCGCGUUGGUUUCUUGCGCUGGAGUCAACCAGAAAGCUUCCGCUCUCACCAUUCUCUCUCAGAAUUCCAAUUCCGAUCCCAAUAAACGCCAGGAACGCCGGGACUGCAAUGGAUGAAGAUGAAGUUUAUGGGUUUUUGGGUGAUCUUGUUACUUAUAGUGCAUUACUGGGCAUUUGGAAUUCUUGGCAGGACUAGCUUUAUUACAUAGGUAUAGUUCUUCCUCUAAAUUAUGUGAAGAGCCACUACCAGUACCUGAGGAAAGGAUCCACGAGGCUGCUCUUUUUCAUCCAUUUGCUGAAGCUUCCGAUACUGGUCUGUUACUUGAUGUUGGAAGAAAUCCAAUUCUUUUUCCAUUGUCAUGGCUAUGUAAGCAAGGCGUCUUCUCUCCUUGGGCUCGUAAAAGAUUGCAGAACAGUUGAGCAAUUGAAUAAACAGACAUUCUUCUUCUUCUUCUUCUUUCUCUCUCAACUCUGUUUCUCCACAUGGUAUCAGAGCGCUGAAUCAAUGGCGUGGCGUUCACCGGCGAUAAACAUGGUUCGACAGUCCACUCAACUUGGUGGGAAUGAAAACCAAGUUGGUGCCGCAAAUCAUCCUCCAAACCCUAUUCCGAUUCCGAUCCCGAUCCCGAUCCCAACAGUCGAUCAAGCAGUUUUUGACCCCAAUGAUCGCAAAAAUCCUCUCUAUCUCCACCCUAAUGAGAGCCCGGCUCUGCAAUUGGUCAGUGUUCAGCUAGAAGGGAGAUCAAACUACCACCCAUGGGCGAGGGCUAUGGAGAUGGCACUGAGGUCGAAGAACAAGAUGAGCAUAGUGAACGGAACAAUGGUGAUUCCAAAUACCACUGAUGCAAGGUACUACUAUUGGGACCAAUGCAACACAAUGGUGCUGUCAUGGAUCCUUAGAGCAGUUUCACCCACCGUUGGACGCGGUGUGCUAUGGAUUGAUACUGCUGAAGGUGUGUGGAAAGAUUUGAAGAAGCGGUUCAGCCAACAAGAUGUUCUUCGGAUCGCUGAAAUCCAGGCUGAGAUUUACCAAACAAAACAAGGUAACUCUUCCAUAAAUGAGUACUUUACACAAUUGAAGUUGUUAUGGGAUGAACUUUUUAUUUUGAGGCCUGUUCCUUGUUGUGAACGCCCUCUGAACUGUGAAUGUGGGAGCAAGUUGUCUGAAAAGGUCAAAAUGCACCUGGAGAAUGACAUGUUGUCAUCCUUUCUCAUUGGCCUAAAUGAAAACUACACCAGUACUAACAACCAGAUUAUGUUGAUGAAACCUCUCCCUGAUGUUGGAAUUCAGACCACUGAAGCUGGAAUUCUAGAAACAGAUCCACCUAUCACUCAGGAAAGUUACAAGAGAUUCUUGGAGUUUAUGCAAAGAGAGAAAACCAGUAAUACUCCUCUUGAUUGUCAAUGCAGCAGCAAAAUGUGUAGUAUAUUUCUAAUUGUUGAGAUUAUUAUAAUUAUUAUGUGUUAGGCAGCAGUAAAAUAAACAGUAGCAAAGUUAGGCAGUAAAGUUAACAGCAGCAAAGUUAGGCAGCAGAAAUGUUAGGUAGCAGAAAUGUUAGGCAGCAGUAAAUAGUGCAGAAUUUCAGGAAACUUGUCUAUUUUCUCAUGUAUAUAUAGAUGUAUCAGCUAGCUAAUGAAGAUAUAACACAGAUUUGUUAUUUCAGAA